AUGCCGACCAUCACAGUGGACAAGGCUGCCCUCUUCCAGGCACUCGGGAGGGACUACACGACGGAGGAAUUCGACGAACUUUGUUUUGAUUUCGGGAUCGAGCUCGACGAAGACACCUCGUUGACAGAACGACCGAUUGUCAAUGGCAAACAAGAGCCUCCUCAAUUAAAGAUCGAGAUCCCAGCCAACCGAUAUGACAUGCUGUCCUUUGAAGGUAUCCAACUCAUGCUGAACAUCUUCAAUCGCAGAGUGCCGACACCCAAAUAUGUCCUCAAAGCGCCACCAAAAGGUGAAAUUCAGACCAUCACAGUUUCAAAGGACUGCGAGAGGAUACGGCCAUACGUCUCCGGCGCAAUCUUGCGAAACAUCAAGUUCGACCAGGCCAGAUAUGAGUCUUUCAUUGACCUUCAAGACAAAUUGCACUCAAAUCUGGCGCGGCAGCGGACUCUGGUGUCAAUCGGAACGCAUGACCUCGAUUCGAUCCAGGGACCAUUCACAUACGAGGCCCUUCCCCCAAAGGACAUCAAAUUCGUGCCACUGAACCAAACCAAGAAAAUGGAUGGCGAAGAGCUCAUGCAGUUCUACGAAAAGGACAAGCAUCUAGGUCGCUUCCUGCAUAUUAUCAGGGAUUCCCCAGUGUACCCAGUCAUCUACGACUCUAAGCGCACGGUCUGUUCCUUACCACCAAUCAUCAACGGUGAUCACAGUAAAAUCACCCUCAACACCAAGAACGUCUUUAUGGAAGUCACCGCCACGGAUAAGACCAAGUUAGAGAUUGUGGUCAACAUGAUGGUUACUAUGUUCUCUCAAUACACCUCAGACCAAUUUACCGUCGAGCCCAUCCAGAUCAUCUCCGAACACAACGGUCAAUCGAGACAAGUCCCUGAUCUUACACCUCGCUCCACAGUUGCUGAAGUGGACUACAUCAACGCCUGCUGCGGGCUUUCGGUCUCGGCACAAGAAAUUUGCAACCUCUUGACACGUAUGUCCUAUACGGCACGGCCGUCAAAGACAGACCAGAAUCUCAUCGACGUGGAUGUUCCCCCUACACGCGCAGAUGUCCUCCACCAAGCAGAUAUCAUGGAAGAUGUUUGCAUCGCCUACGGCUUCAACAAGCUCCCUCGCGCGUUUCCCAAAGUUGGAGCAACCGUCGCCGCACCCCUGGCAAUUAACAAACUCUCUGACAUUCUCCGUCUCGAAGCCGCCAUGGCGGGCUGGGCAGAGGUCCUUCCACUCAUUCUCUGUUCGCACGAUGAAAACUUCGCGUGGCUAAAUCGCAAGGAUGACGGUAAUACUGCCGUGCGGCUGGCAAAUCCAAAAACGGCCGAAUACCAGGUGGUCCGCACGACGUUGCUGCCCGGCUUGCUGAAGACUAUCCGGGAAAACAAACACCACUCCAUCCCCAUCAAGAUCUUCGAAGUCAGUGACGUUGCCUUCAAGGACGCUAGCCUGGAACGCAAGGCCCGGAAUGAGCGACACUUCGCUGCCGCAUGGUACGGCAAGACUUCAGGCUUUGAAGUUGUCCACGGCCUCCUGGAUCGUCUUAUGGCCAUGCUCAAGACGGCCUUUAUCACUCACGAGGAGGGGCUCGAAAUGCGUGGGGAGGAUGGGGCAGGGAACGGAAAGAAGAUGGAAUACUGGAUCCGAGAACUGGACGACGCGACAUACUUCCCCGGCCACGGAGCCAGCAUUCACGCGAGAAUUGCAGGGAAAGAAGUCGUCAUUGGGAGCUUUGGAAUUCUGCAUCCCACGGUAUUGGAGAAGUUCGAGUUGAGGUAUCCGGUCAGCGCGUUGGAGUUCAACGUCGAGGUGUUCUUGUAG